CGCUCACGGGGGGUUCAAGCUCGCGCUUUCGCUUCACGGUCUGUGUGAGUGAAGCUAGGACUGCGAUGGCGAGCGCGAGAGCGGCGGGAGCGCUGGUGAGGUCUGCGUUCAGCAGAUACGGGCAUUUCUCAGUGAAUGGACGCCGCAGCCUGUCUGCGUCAGCAGCUUUGUCAGCUCGUACUCAUGUUAAUUAUGAGGUCAAAGAUAAUGUGGCAGUUAUCAGGAUCAACGAUCCCACCUCCAAGGUGAACACGCUGACGAGGCAGCUGCAGGAUGAUAUGAUGGAGGUGCUGAAUGAGGUUUGGGGGAACAGUGCAGUAAAGAGCGCUGUGGUAAUCUCCACCAAACCAGGCUGCUUCAUCGCAGGGGCCAACCUCGAUAUGCUGAAGGCCUGUAAGAGUGCAGAAGAAGUGUCUGGGCUCUCAAAGGAAGGACAGAUGAUGUUUGAGAAGAUAGAGAAAUCGCCCAUCCCCUUUGUGGCAGCUAUUAAUGGCACCUGUAUGGGUGGCGGCCUGGAGUUUGCGAUCGCGUGUCAUUACCGUGUGGCCACUAAGAGUAAGAAAACGGCUAUGGCCUUCCCGGAGGUGAUGCUGGGGCUGCUGCCGGGGGCCGGAGGCACUCAGAGAAUGCCCAAAAUGCUGGGUCUUCCUACUGCAUUUGAUGUGAUGCUGACUGGCAGGAGCAUUCGAGCAGACAAGGCGAAGAAGAUGGGCCUCGUCCACCAUGUGAUCGACCCACUGGGUAAGACGGGUGUGAAGGACCCUGAGGAGAGGCUUAUAGACUAUCUGGAGGAGGUGGCAGUGGGCGUGGCUAAAGGCCUGGCUAAUAAGACCGUGACUGUGGAGAAGAAGAAAGGCCUCAUGCAGAAGGUGCAGGACGCAGUGUUGGGAAUUCCCUUAGUGAGGAAGCAGGUCUACAAAACGGUCACCCAGAAAGUGAUGAAACAGACCAAAGGCCUUUAUCCAGCACCGCUCAAGAUCAUAGAGGCUGUGCAGGUGGGAGUGGAGAAGGGUCCAGCUGAAGGAUACCAUGUAGAGUCAGUGAACUUCGGUAAGCUGGCGAUGACCCCCGAGAGCAGAGCUCUGAUUGGCCUGUAUCAGGGUCAGGUGGCCUGCAAGAAGAACAACUUUGGAAAACCGGAGAGAGAAGUGAAGAACUUGGCGAUCCUGGGGGCGGGGCUGAUGGGAGCAGGUAUCGCCCAGGUAACAGUGGAUAAGGGCGUGGCCACUAUCUUGAAGGACACAACAGCAGAGGGACUAGCCAGAGGACACGAUCAGGUCUACAAGGGAUUGAACGAUAAAGCCAAGAAGAAGAGCAUAACAACGUUUGAGAGGGACAUGACUCUGUCCUUCCUGACGGGUCAGCUGGACUACAGCGGCUUCGAGAAGGCUGACAUGGUGAUAGAGGCAGUGUUUGAGGAUCUGUCAAUCAAACACAAAGUGCUGAAGGAAGUGGAAGCUGUGGUUCCUCCACACUGUAUUUUUGCCUCCAACACAUCAGCUUUGCCCAUCAGGGCAAUCGCAGCGGCCAGCAAAAGGCCCGAGAAGGUGAUCGGGAUGCACUAUUUCUCGCCGGUGGAUAAGAUGCAGUUGCUGGAGAUCAUCACCACGGAUAAAACCUCUAAGGACACCACAGCUUCAGUCGUGGCUCUGGGGCUCAAACAGGGCAAAGUCAUCAUCGUGGUCAAGGAUGGUCCAGGAUUCUACACUACGCGCUGUCUGGCUCCUACACUAGCAGAAGCUAUCAGGGUCCUGCAGGAAGGGGUGGGGCCAAAGAAGCUGGACUCCUUGACGACAGGUUUUGGUUUUCCUGUGGGGGUCUCGGCUCUGAUAGACGAGGUGGGCGUGGACGUGGCGGCUCACGUGGCAGAGGAUCUUGGGAAGGCGUUUGGUUCGCGGUUUGGAGGCGGGAACGUGGACGUGCUGAAGACCAUGAUAGAGAAAGGCUUCAAAGGCCGUAAGUCUGGUAAGGGCUGUUAUGUAUACGGGGCCAAGAAGAAGGAUAAGCAGGUGAACUCUGGAGCUGAGGAGAUUCUGAAAGCCUUCAAACUAACAGCGCCCCCUGCUGUGUCUGGAGAUGAGGACGUGCAGUACCGGCUGGUGUCCCGCUUUGUGAACGAGGCAGCUCUGUGUCUGCAGGAGGGCAUUCUGCCUGAUCCUGUACAGGGAGACGUCGGAGCCGUGUUUGGGCUGGGUUUCCCUCCCUGCCUUGGAGGUCCAUUCCGUUUUUUGGACUCGUUCGGAGCAGAUAAACUGGUCCAGAAGAUGAGGAAGUAUGAGGACGCUUACGGAAAUCAGUUCACCCCUUGCCAGCUCCUCUUAGACUACGCCAAGGACCCCAGCAAGAAGUUCCACAAGUGAACCUAACUCAUUAAAACUUACAGCCUUCUGACCUCAAGUUUGGGGGUCAGCAUUGCCCGUCCAUCCACCGUUACCUUCAGAUGAGGAAUCCGCAUGGGGAGUUGUGCACUUUUACUGCAUAUAAGUAUUAGUGAGACAUUGGUACUGUGUAUUAACAGGUUCACCUCUUGCCAAACACCUUUUUUUGUUGCCUUGAGGACGAUCGCCAUUGUCCUCCGGUCAUCUUGGCAUAACUCAUUUCACUUAACCUCUGUGCAAGAGAAGAUAACGAUUGUAACGCCUUCGCUUAUCGCUGAUAAUAAAAGGAAACUCAUUGUUUAAUAUACAUGAUCCACCAUUUAAAACUGUAGAAAUGGAAUUGCUGCAGCUACACUCACUUCAGGGUCUACUCUCGACGCCUUCGUACUGUCUCUGCAGUGAGCUAGAGACCGACUUUUGCACUGCCUGCUGUUUUGUUUUGUUUUUGUUUGUUCUGUACAGCAGUUUCCUUUUUGUUUGUGAAUAAUUUGUUAACUUUAUCCCACCAACUUAUCCACGAGAUUCCAGUAGCUCUGCCCAAAUCCUGCUUCCUUCAAAUAAACCAAACUGGACCUGGA